AUGCCCAAUUGUGAUAUACUUCAAGAUCUGCUGAGAAAGUUGGUUCUUGUACUUAAUGAUUGGCUCAAAAUGUUGGAUGAAUUCAAAAAAGAAGAAGAGGAUGUUUUGAGAGCUUCCCAAAUACUUCAAAAUUGUAAUACUGAUAGCAAAAGCAUAUCCUCAACAAAUGAAUUGAUGCUUUCACUAGGCAAUACACACGAAUGUAAUAAGAACACUAAUCAACAGUUGCUACUUGAGCCUUUGAGAAAAAUUUGCUCUAUACUGUCACCUAUAAAUGACAUUUUCCAGGAAAGGGAAGAUAUUUUAAAAGAAAUAAAUCGGAAAUAUCGGAAAAUCCGGAAGUUCGAACCCAUAGAACACAUAGGGGAAAUGUCGACGAAAUACAGAAAGAUUUCACAAACAGUUGACUCACUAACAAGUCGUUUGCAGGUUAUUGAAACUGCAAUAAGCGCGAAUUUAAUGGAUUUAACCUCAAUAUUAGAAGUGUUUCUGUCGUCUUCGUUCCAUGUUCACGUCAGUUGCACAUCUGAUUUUUUCAUGAAAGCAUCAGCAGUUAGCCAACAAAUCUCUAAGGCUCUAAAUACCGGACCAGCUGAACUACCUGUUCAAGGGACUGAUGAUGAUGAUGAUGAUGAUGAUGAUGAUGAUGAUGAUGAUGAUGAUGAUGAUGAUGAUGAUGAUGAUGAUGAUGAUGAUGAUGAUGAUGAUGAUGAUGAUGAUGAUGAUGAUGAUGAUGAUGAUGAUGAUGAUGAUGAUGAUGAUGAUGAUGAUGAUGAUGAUGAUGAUGAUGAUGAUGAUGAUGAUGAUGAUGAUGAUGAUGAUGAUGAUGAUGAUGAUGAUGAUGAUGAUGAUGAUGAUGAUGAUGAUGAUGAUGAUGAUGAUGAUGAUGAUGAUGAUGAUGAUGAUGAUGAUGAUGAUGAUGAUGAUGAUGAUGAUGAUGAUGAUGAUGAUGAUGAUGAUGAUGAUGAUGAUGAUGAUGAUGAUGAUGAUGAUGAUGAUGAUGAUGAUGAUGAUGAUGAUGAUGAUGAUGAUGAUGAUGAUGAUGAUGAUGAUGAUGAUGAUGAUGAUGAUGAUGAUGAUGAUGAUGAUGAUGAUGAUGAUGAUGAUGAUGAUGAUGAUGAUGAUGAUGAUGAUGAUGAUGAUGAUGAUGAUGAUGAUGAUGAUGAUUAA